GGUUCUGUUAAUAUUGUUUAUUCCAGAGCUACAGAGUUUGUGAAUGCCUGUCGACAUCAUGGCUGAAGGUGGUAACUGGGAAGGUGAUUCAGUGGCCUCUUCAUCAAAGAAACAAACAGGUGGGAAAUUAACUCAAGUGGUCAAUAUUUUCAAAAGACUCCUGUGGCCAGACACCUCAUCAAAGAACGAUGGUCAGAACACAGGAACAACGACAGAAAAGCAAAGUAGGAUUGAAAGCAGAACUUCAAUGGAAUGUGAACCCGCCGAAGGGGAAAGGGAACAAUGUCAGUCCCGAGAAAGAGGAAUAGGAGACGUGGUUCACGCCCCUGGAACUGAAUCAAGUGACGAAAUCCAUCAUGACCGAGAUUCAUCAAACAAGGAAUCAUCGAGUCCCCUCCAAGGAGCAGAUCUAACUCUUACAUACUUUGAGCUCCUGACACAGUGGAGCGACUACCAAUUGUUCCAACUGACAAAAUUCUAUCGGGAGAGACUGAAACAAGCGAUUGAAGAAGGGGUUGAAAGUCUCGGCUCCAUGAUGAGACGGCAGGGAUGUUUCCGUGAACAAGAACUCAGGAGUGUCGCUGAGCUGGUGGCAAAGGGAAACCGCAGAGACAGUUCCAUACUCUUCCUCAGUCUGGUGAUGGAGAAGGGUAACCAUGCCCGGCGGGUGAUGUGGGAAUCCUUUGUGAAAAUGCAGAACGAAUUGCCGAAGCUGAACAAAAUACUGAAAGAAAUCCAGGAGCUCGGUCCUGAUCCCGAAGAAUACAUGAACAUCAUCGGAGGUUUAACUGAAUUACCCUCUCAUAUGGAAGAUGUUCAACGGAAACACAAGGAGACUCUGCGAGCACAGACUGAAACACUGAGUGUGAACACUAUCCUGAUGAACGAGAAGGUUAAGAAUUUCCUGCUGCUUGAUCGAUACGCUGAGCUCACAAUCAUCUCCACUGUUCGAGAUCGGACACUGGUGGAACAUGAGCUGCUGGCAAGAGGUCGGGACCAUGAGGAAUGGCAAGAGAAACAUCUCCGGGGAGAACUGGAAAAAAUCAGGACUGAUCAAUUGUUCCACAGUAGCUUUUCCCGGAGUAAAUCCCGACGUGGGAGUUCAGCAUCAGUAGCCGGAGUCGCGGGGAGUUCAGCAUCAGUGUCCGGAGUCGCGGGGAUCGGAAAAACAACAAUGGUGCAGAAGUUUGUUAAUGACUGGGCCACAGGGAAAAUAUACCAACAAUUCCACUUUGUCUUCAGUUUCAAAUUCCGGGAUUUGAACAUGAUUAAACACAGAAUAAACCUGAGGGAACUGAUUCGGGAUCAGUAUCCUUACUUUGGGAAUAUGCUGCGGGAGGUCUGGAUGAACCCAGAGGGAUUGCUGUUUAUAUUCGAUGGUCUGGAUGAAUUCAAGGGCAGAAUCGAUUUUGCUGACAGUCGGAGAGACACAGAACCUAAGCACCAGUGUCCAGAUCCCGAAUCCCAGUGUGAAGUGUCUGACAUUGUGUACAGUUUAAUCCAGCACAAGCUGCUCCCAGGGUGUUCAGUGCUAGUGACCACCCGCCCCACUGCGUUACAUUUACUGGAAAAGGCAGAGAUCAGUGUCUGGGCUGAAAUCCAGGGAUUUGUUGGUGAGGAACGGAAGGAAUAUUUCACCAGGUAUUUUGAAGAUCAGUCGGUGGCAGCAGCUGUUUUCAAACAUGUGAAGGAGAACGAGAUCCUGUACACCAUGAGCUACAACCCCUCCUACUGCUGGAUCCUUGUCCUGACACUGGGCCCCUUCUUCCAAACAAUCUGCCGAGUGAGUGACUGGGUGAAGGAGGAGGUUAAACGCCGGGCUAGAAACGCAGAGAGUGAAGCUGGUAAACAGAGGCACCUGAACACGAUGCACUACCUGUUUGAGUCACAGAAUCCUGCACUGGCUCAGCAGACACUGGGAUCUGUGGAAACACUUUCAUUCAGUGGACUGGGACUGACCCCGAUUGACUGUGUGGUCCUGUCUCAUGCCAUCAGGCUAUGUGAUACAAUCAAAUACCUCGAUCUGGGGAGCUGCCGCAUUCAGUGUGAAGGUCUCCAGCGGCUGGGACCGGUUCUGCACAAGUGUCAGGACUUGAGACUGGGAGGCAACAACCUGGGAGAUUCCGGAGUGAAACUGGUGUCUGAAGCUCUGAGGAACCCGGACUGUAAAAUACAGACACUGUGGCUGGAAUAUGUCGGUCUCACAGAUUCUGGAGCCGAGGAUCUCGCCUCCGCCCUCAGUACAAACCAUAUGGUGACGGUGCUGUGGCUGAGUGAAAAUAAACUGGGAGAUUCCGGAGUGAAACUGGUGUCUGCGGCUCUGAGGAACCCGGACUGUAAAAUACAAAGACUGGGGCUGGGCAGUGUCGGUCUCACAGAUUCUGGAGCCGAGGAUCUCGUCUACGCUCUCAGUACAAACACCUCACUGACGGAGCUGAACCUGACAAGCAACUCCCUCACAGACCGAUGUGUCCCCGCUCUCCGCGACCUCAUACCGACCCUCCCGAGACUGAUGUGGAUCAGGCUGUGGGAGAAUAAGUUCGGUCCAACCGGGAAGAAGGAACUGAGGUCGCUGCAGGAACCCAGACCCGGACUGAAAGUGAUCGUGUGAACAUCUUGUGGUGUAAACGUCACUGCCCUGGGGACUGGAAUAUUGUUGGCCGAUUCCCCGUACUCCCUCCCCUUUAAACGGCCGCCCUCCCUCCCCUUUAAACCCCGACGCUUCCCGGGCGAUGACGUCAGAGGCGGCCCUGCCCGCUGUCACGUGACCCGGGUACUCAGCGCUGCUGAUGCUGAUGAUGAUGCCAGAUAUCCGGUGCUGCCUGCCUGCCAU